AUGAAGAAAUGUCUCAGUGAAUAUAUGGAAGUCCAUGAUACCAAGAAAUCAUUAGUCCAGGCAUUAACACCAAAAUGUCGCAUCAUUAAUAUGGAAUCACCAAUUGAAUCAUCGUCCUUUCAGGAAACGUUGUCCACAACAGUCAUGUUUUUGCUGCGUUCUCUUGAAUAUUCCACCCAAACCUUAACGUUGGUACUCUACAAUGGUAAAAGACGAAAUAAGAAGAUAAGAUUCCCUUAUUACGGCAAAGAACCUCAUUUGAAGUCCAGUGGGAACAAUGUAGCCAUGUUAGUGACUUUGUUACGGACUAUCGUUGAAAGGCAAAGUAAGUUUACCACCAGUACAAUAAGAGACAUUUUUUAUUCCAAUGUGGAAUUGUAUCAGAAUCAAAGGAAUGUAGUGUAUUGGUUGGGCAUUAUUUCUAGAAAUUAUAAGUUGAAGUCAAGAGAUGAAUUGAAUAUCGUUGCUGCUCAAAAAGGAUUGAUUUAUUCAACGAUACAUAUACCAGUAAUUUUAAACAUCAAUACAAAGUGUUCAAUCAAUGCAGACACUAUUGAAUUAAUUCCAUAUAUCAAUGAUUUAACAAUCAUUAAAUUGGAUCCCACCAAUGAAUACAAUGUCAUAGUAUUUGAAAAAGAAGCCAUAUUCAAUAAAAUUGUUACAAAUUCUAUAAAUGUUUCAACUUUUUUAAAGAAUACUAUAUUUGUUACCGGAAAAGGUUAUCCUGAUCAUCUAACGAAACGAUUCUUGAAUAGGUUAUUACUUUGCAACGAACGUAUUAAUGUGAAAUUGUACGUCGAUUCAGAUCCAGAGGGUGUAUGUAUAGCCUUGAACUAUAUUAAUAACUGCACACAAACUAAUAAUAUAGAAUACAAGGGAAUUACAUUAGUUAAAUUGAUCAGCAAAAGAACACAAUUGCUCAACUUAACUCACCGUGAAGUGGUGUUGUCAGUUAAUAUGCUUCUUAAAAUAACUACUAAUCCUCAAAAGACCCUGACCAGAACAGACCAUGGAAUUGUUACACAAUUACAACGCCAAUUGUUCUUUUUCAAGAAAGGUGAAAUGAAUGCUUGCUAUAUUUAA